GUUUCCUCGGUACAUAAAGAGUCCAAUUUGGUUUGGCAUUGUUUUAAAUAUGCUACUUGGACUGACCAUUUUGGCUGGCUUGGCAAUUAGCAGUGCCACAGCAGAGCCUCAUCUAGAUCACGCUGCCGCUUAUGGAUACGGAGCACAUCUGUUCGGCGGUAUCAACCCAGAACUGUACGCCACUGCCAGAGCUUUGUCCCCAUUGCAGUACGCGUCCAGUGUGCCAAUGGUCUACGCAAACCAGUAUGUGCCAAAUUCGCUGCACAGGUCCAUCAAACCGGUGGUCAGUGCUCCGCUACAGUACGCAGCCUCUCUACCGGUAAGCUACGCUGCCCCUCAGGCUUCCCUAGCUUACAGCAGCCCGUACGCCUCCCAUCCCAAUGCUCAUCUGGCUUACGGAGUGCAGACUCCGCUGGCGGCUAGCUACGCGGCUGCUGCAGCUGCGCACUCGACCCAAUUUCACACCCCUACCCAAUACGCUUCGUACGCAGCCGCUCCUGUACACGCCGGACACGCAUCCGUUUUGGGAUCCUCUGCUGCAUCCGCAUCAUCACCAUCCCUCAAUUACGCCGCUGCUCUCGCCAACGCUCAAGCUUACGGAGGGAGUUCUCUCUACGCACAGCAACAGCCACAGUCACCUUACCCCUAUCACCAACAAUAUUCUGAGUAUCAGCAGCAACAGCAACAGCAACAACAAUCCUACCAGCAGCAUCUGGACGCCGCUUUUGGGCGGUCUGCCGCUGAGCUCUACGGUCGAGGAGUACCAUUUGCAUAUCCCGGCAGACAGGUGGCGUCCAGCGCUGCGGGCCAGGAGAUUGCUCGCCAAAUGGCCGUUCAACUUUCUCCGGGUUACCACCAGGAACAGGCGGCAUCGGCUUACGGGGAAGCACGCACGCAAACUAGGACUGAUAGUGAGUAGGAUCCGCUGGCUGGAGAAGUACCUGCACACGGUGCACUUCCACCGGAGGCACUGACACUUGCCGGUGAACCGCAGC